AUCACGUUUCCGAGCCUGUGUUGGUGAAAAAUCAGGAUCCGUACAAAAGUCAAAAAGACCAAGAGACAAGACGACGGAGAUUGCAAAAUUUUUAAGAUUUAGAGGAUGAUCGAUAAUAGAAUUACUACCACGGACUAGAUAACCACAUCGUUUUCAGCUUGUGUCAUAGCGCGUUGAAGGAAUUGCAAGGAGUCAUUUGGAACGUGCUGGUUGCUGAAUAUUUGCAUCGUAUCAAAUUUCUUAUUUUGAAGAAACUAAAACGCAGAAGGUCAACAAGAUGAAAAAGAAGGUGUUGUUGAUGGGCAAAAGUGGGUCCGGAAAGACCAGUAUGCGCUCGAUUAUUUUUGCCAACUACAUUGCUCGGGACACUAGAAGACUAGGAGCGACAAUCGAUGUCGAACAUUCACACGUGCGAUUUCUGGGCAACCUGGUGCUCAAUUUGUGGGAUUGCGGUGGCCAGGAGUCGUUCAUGGAGCAAUAUUUUGCCUCCCAGAAGGAUAACAUCUUCCGCAACGUAGAGGUUCUGAUUUACGUGUUCGAUGUGGAAAGUCGUGAAUUGGAGAAGGAAGUGCACUAUUAUCAGUCCUGUUUGGAGGCAAUCAUGCACAACUCACCGGAUGCCAAAAUCUUCUGCCUGGUGCAUAAAAUGGAUCUAGUGGCGGAAGAACAGCGUGAUAUUAUCUUCAAAGAGCGCGAGGCGGAGCUAAAGAAACUUUCCAGGCCGCUGGAGUGUACCGCCUUUCGGACCAGUAUUUGGGAUGAAACUCUGUACAGGGCGUGGAGCAGCAUUGUUUACCAGCUAAUUCCUAACGUGAAAGCGCUAGAACACUCGCUGAACUAUUUUGCCAAUGUCGUCGAUGCCGACGAAGUACUGUUGUUUGAACGAGCUACUUUCCUAGUGAUUUCGCAUUGCCAACGAAAGCAACACAGAGAUAGUCAUCGAUUCGAAAAGGUCUCCAAUAUUAUUAAACAGUUUAAAUUAUCCUGUUCUAAGUUGGGAGCAAAAUUCUCUUCCAUGGAAGUGAGAAAUAGCAUAUUUGCUGCUUUCAUCGACACCUUCACUAGCAACACUUACGUUAUGGUAAUCAUGUCGGACCCUUCUAUCCCCUCCGAAGCCACACUAAUCAACAUUCGGAAUGCUAGGAAAUAUUUCGAAGAAUUAGAAAAUCCCAAUAGUUUGAAUUCGACUAAUGUCAUUCACUCAUCGGGUACCCACACCAAUCAUGGGAUGGUCAACGGAGGGUCUUCCAAUUACUACUCGCAUCAUCAGCAGCUUCAACAACAGUACCUUCAGCAGCAACAGCUUCAACAUCAACAAAAUUCAACCAACCCGUACCACUGAUAUUUAUUCAAAAAGAAAUACUUUUAUUUCAAGUAACACUUCUGAGCAAUCAUCCUGACCCAGUCGCCAUAGUGUUGCUUCGUACCAUAAUCUUCCCGCAGGUUUUCUCCUCUGAUUUGACCUACUGAUAGUCAUAAGUACAGUGAACUUUUCGCCUUUCGUACAUGAUCAUAGAUUAUAUAAAUAACGAAGUCUGUUGCAAUUUAAUCCAAUAUGAUUCAAUGUUUUAGUUUAACAAAUUGUUAUGCUUUAAUCACUAAGUGAAGUUUAUCAAACGAAGAAAUUCAAACCAAUCAGCCAUUGAUUCCGACGGCUCCAGGAAAUGCGUUUCCAGCUACCAAAUCGAGCUACCAGGUUAGAAUAUACUUAAUGGUUUGAGCUAUCGACAUACCUUUUUCGUUGACUGAAACAAAAGGGAAUUUAAUCAUAAUUCUACCUGUCAAUGUAAAAAGUGAAAUGAAUUGAAUUUAUGAAAACUGGAAGAGCCAAAAGGAAAUAAAAAUUUAAUAAGAAA